UAGGAAUAAACUGUCAAGUUGAAUUUGGCGCUACCAACUGCCGCGCGAAAAACCCUUCUUCACCCUUUUCUGUUUCCCCGCUGCCCAAAAAGAGAAAAGAAAAAAAAAUGGUUCAAUUCCACGAGCACAUCAUCACAGAACUUCUAGAAGAUAUCAAUGGCGGAUUGGUGGUGCUCUCCUCCGGUCUCUCGCUGUCGAAGCUGGUGUCGUCCCUUCUCCUCCUCCACACUCAUUCAGAGGGAACACUCCUCAUCCUCUCCCCUUCCUCCGCAACUCUUAGGUCCCGAAUCACCUUCAAUCUCAAAACCCUAAACCCUCAAUUCACCCAAAUCCCCUCCGAGAUCACCGCCGAACUCCCCGCCCACCACCGCCACUCCCUCUAUUCCUCCGGCAACAUCUUCUUCAUCACUCCCAGGAUUCUCAUCGUAGAUCUCCUCACCAACAAGAUCCCCACAUCCAUGAUCUCCGGAAUCAUCAUCCUCAAUGCGCAUUCUCUCAGUGAAACCUCCACCGAGGCCUUUAUCAUCCGAAUUUAUCGAUCACUGAACCGUGGCGGUUACGUCCGGGCUUUCUCCGAUAAGCCGCACGCGAUGGUGUCCGGGUUCGCGAAGGCGGAACGGACAAUGAAGUUCUUGCAUGUGCGGAGGCUGCACCUUUGGCCAAGGUUUCAGGUCUACGUGUCGCAGGAGCUGGAAAGGGACCCGCCGGAGGUGGUGGACAUCAGGGUUCCGAUGAGCAGGUACAUGGUGGGGAUCCAGAAGGCCAUUGUGGAGGUCAUGGAUGCUUGCUUGAAGGAGAUGAGGAAGACCAAUAAGGUCGACGUGGAGGAUCUGACGGUGGAGAACGGGUUGUUCAAGUCGUUUGAUGAGAUCGUGAGGCGCCAAUUAGACCCAAUUUGGCAUACUCUGGGGAAGAAGACUAAGCAACUUGUUUCGGACCUUAAGACAUUGACGAAAUUGUUGGAUUAUCUUGUGAGGUAUGAUGCAGUAACUUACUUGAAAUACUUGGAUACGCUAAGGGUGUCCGAGAGUUUUCGAUCUGUUUGGCUAUUUGCAGAGGCAAGUUAUAAGAUUUUUGACUUUGCAAAGAAACGUGUUUAUCAUCUUGUGAGGUCGGACGGUACAAAAGUAAGUGAAGUGAACAAGAGUGCUAAAAACAAAAAGAGGAAGGUUAAGGAGGAUAACAAAGACAGUGAAGAAGCAGAUGAUGGGACUUCUUCAAGUUCGAAUGCCGGCUUAGUUUUGGAGGAAGUCUUGGAAGAAGCACCAAAAUGGAAGGUCUUACGUGAGAUUCUUGAGGAAAUAGAAGAAGAAAGGCAAAAGCAAGGCGGGUUAAGAGAGGAAUUAUUGGCCGAAGGUAAAGACACUGACAAUGGCAUUGUAUUGGUGGCAUGUAAGGAUGAACGAUCAUGCCUGCAGAUUGAAGAAUGCAUUUUCAAAAGCCCACAAAAGGUCAUGAGUGAAGAAUGGAAAAAGUACUUGCUAAGCAAAGUACAGCUGCGUGAUAUAGUGCAUAAGAAAAAGAAGCCAAAAGAUCCCAAAGGUUUUGGGAUUCUUGAUGGAGUUACUCCCAUAGCACCUGCUCAGAAUGCGGAAACCAGCAGCAUUAGUAAGCAGGAGCAUGAUGCACUUCUCGCAGCAGCAUCAGGACUAAGAGGUCUUGCUGAAAAUGACUUUGAAGAUCCUCAGCCAGAUUUUGGUGGACGGGGUCGUGGAAAAGGAAAGAGAAAAGUAGGGAAUAAAAAGGGUCCAAUCAUUAAUGAUGAAGUACAAAGUGGUAAUAGAGAGGCUUCCACUAGUUAUAAAGCUGAGACAUCUGUAGAAAACAUGGUCCUUAGAAAGCAUAAAAAUCCUGAUACCACAACAGCAAAUGCAAAGCCAUUACCACCAGUACAGCUUUAUGCCUUAGAAAGUGAUCAGCCUAUACUGGAUAUAUUAAAGCCCUCUAUAGUCAUUGUUUACCAUCCAGACGUGGCCUUUGUUAGGGAAAUUGAAGUUUACAAAGCUGAGAAUCCCUCAAAAAAGUUGAAAGUAUAUUUUCUAUUCUACGAAGAUUCUACUGAGGUUCAGAAGUUUGAGGCGAGUAUACGUAGAGAGAAUGGAGCAUUCGAAUCUUUGAUAAGACAAAAAUCUAUGAUGAUGAUUCCAGUUGACCAGGGUGGACAUUGUUUGGGAAUGACUUCUAGUUUUGAGUCAGAUUUAAGUAGUACUCAAAAUUCAAUGACCAGAAGAGCUGGUGGGAGAAAGGAGGUUGAUAAAGAAAUGCAGGUCAUUGUGGACAUGCGAGAGUUCAUGAGCAGUCUUCCCAAUGUUCUUCAUCAGAAGGGAAUGCGCAUCAUUCCAGUGACACUAGAAGUUGGUGACUACAUCCUGUCACCAUUAAUUUGUGUGGAAAGAAAAAGUAUUCAAGAUCUCUUUAUGAGCUUCACAUCAGGUCGUCUAUACCACCAGGUGGAGACAAUGGUGCGAUAUUAUAGGAUUCCUGUUCUGUUGAUAGAGUUUUCACAGGAUAAGAGCUUUUCAUUCCAGUCUGCUAGUGAUAUUGGUGAUGAUGUGACACCAAAUAACAUUAUAUCAAAGCUGUCAUUGCUUGCUCUACACUUUCCACGGCUACGAAUUAUCUGGUCUCGAAGUUUGCAUGCAACUGCUGAAAUAUUUGCUGCACUGAAGGCAAAUCAAGAUGAACCGGAUGAAACAAAAGCUAUGAGAGUGGGUGUCCCCUCUGAAGAAGGAAUUGUGGAGAACGACGUAAGAGCUGAAAAUUACAACACGUCGGCUGUGGAGUUUCUAAGAAGACUGCCAGGCGUUACAGAUUCAAACUACAGGGCCAUAAUGGAUGGAUGUAAGAGCUUGGCUGAACUUGCGCUUCUUCCUUUGGAGAAGCUAGCCGAAUUAAUGGGUGGUCAUAAAGCUGCUCGGACUCUAAGAGAAUUUCUUGAUGCUAAAUAUCCAACUCUGUUGUGAUAAUUCAUUUGUACAAAGCUUUCAACAAUUUUAUUCAAGUCGGUUUGUAAGGUCUUUCCCAUUGGUGGAAAAUGGGUCAUUAAAUUAUUAAAAUUUUUCUCGUUCUUACUCGUGUCAUGUUCAUUAUUCGAUUGUAAUUUAAAAUAUUGUAUUACUUAAAUAUUCUAUUAUAAUUCUGUUUAUCAUUGUUUGCUUA